AUGAGAGAGAAGUUCACUGAAGGCGACAACACUAAUGUAUUCUGCAACGCUGCAUGCCAAGGAGCCCGCUACACUCAAGUGAAAGAAUUUUCCGACCGGUUGCAAUCUUCCCUACCAGUACAGCUACAGUCCAUUGACAAUAUCACAGCAGCAGCACAGAAGAUGCGAGCUUUGGGAUUCCUCGGAGGACUAGGAGAUGCUGAACAUGCUAUUGGAAGCGACGACAUACUUUUCCGUUAUGUAUCUCUGAUCAGAGUGGGAUCGCUUGAGUACACAAUUCCUCGAGCUGUGGGAGAUGUGAAGAAUCUGAGAGUCAACUUGAGUGAAUCCCGAGGCCCCUCAUCAGUGGCGAUCCGCGCGGUUGCUGAGGAGGUCUACCGCGAGAUGUCGGCGAUGUUCGAUGCUGGGCGGUCCAAAAUUGCUAAUGCUGGCGCUGAAUAUGAGAGUAACUUCACCGCGAUGGCUAAACGGCUUGGCAGUAAGGCUCUGCAGCACUACAAGGACGUAGACGGCAGAGCAGAGCAGAUCACUGAGUCGACUGGGAGCCCACUGGUGAAGCUGUGGAGUACAGUGUCGGUGGUCAAAGGUCUCGUCGCAUCUAUUGCCUCGGACGUCGCUGAAAGGACUAAUCGUACAUUGGAAAGAGCCAAGGCAUUGAAAAAAGUCGUGGAAACUAUGGCGCAUAAGGACGGCUUGGUACAGGAGAUCCAAUCCCAGCUUGAUCAAGAUAUGAAGGAGAUUGGUAAAGAGCCGGCGGUAGACGUUGGUUCAACCAAUGUGACCAUUGGAGCUAGCGCUCAGCGACUCAUGGCGGGUCUCGAGAGGGAUACGAGUAUAAAGAAACAGCAAAUCGACGCGGAGGCGCGGGCUGCGUCGCGGAAGGCCGCAUCGGCUUUACUGGUGUCGGAGUUGGCGAUGAGAGGCAAAUCGCGGGAGGCGAAAAACGAUGCUAAAAAAGCCCUUUCGGGUUUCGCGCGUGGUAUGGUAAGGCAACAGGAGAUAGUCCGCAACACUCUCCUGGAUGGUGUCAAGGCGGCUAAGAAGGCUGAGAAGGAAAUGGAGUGGAUGGCUCGAAAUGAAGCCAGUGAAGCUGCCGCAUACAAGGCCAGUAUGAAUGCUACACUCACAGCAUUCAACCGAGAUGCGAAUGCAGCCUCAGCUAACGCUGUAGGAGGCUUCUCUGAGGGGACUAAGCAGGUAUCGGCGAAAAGCGCAGCUGAGGAGGAGCGUAUGGCUGCCACUGCAAAGCUGUUCGCGGACGGCCUUGAGAAAUCAAGGAGGGAAAAGGACGUGAAAAUCGCAUCGGUGGAGAAGGCAUCUCUGAUUUUCGUUCAGACUGUUGGAGAGGAUGAGACUAGAUUCAGAGAGGAGGCUCGCCGGUCUGCUGCUUUGGUCAACGCCAACGAAGCCACAAUGAUGGCCAAAGUCGCGGAGUUUGAUGAUGCUGCUCAACGAGAGCUGGCUGCUGAGCUUGCAGAGAUUGCGAAUAACAUGACAUCGCUAAUGUCGUCCCUUGAAGGCCAGUACCAUAGGAGCGAUGAAGAAGCUCAUCGAGCUAUCUCGACUGAUGGCGAUAAGCUGGCAACGGUUAUGAAAAGGGUGAAGGCGGCUCGGGGUAAGCUACUUGAGAUGGAGAGUAACAAGCGCAAGAUGAGAGAGGAGAUUGGUAACUCUAGUGGAGCAGCGGGCAAGGCGCUCGAUGCGUUGCGCGAUAGCUUUGAUGCGACAAUUGGAAAAGUGAAGAUAGCGAUGAAGGGUGCGGCGGAGGGCGCAGGUUCGAAUCUCAGCGAUGACAUCUCGAAAAUUAAAUCUGAGAGUGACCACAUCGUCGAAGGAGAGGUGGCCAGGUCUACUGAGUCACUCAAAAGUGUCUCCGGUCAUGCAAUAGGCAUUCUUGGGAUGAUCGCUGGUGAAUUCGCGCAAGCGGCUGAAGAAUUGAAGUCGAGACGCCAACUGUUGGCACAAGAAUCAGCCAAUCUAACGGCACGAUGGGCCGUCGUUAAAAGGAGGAUAGACCGUAGCUUGGCAAAGGCGGUUUCGGCUGAUCUCGGUUUGGACCCUCGGGCGUUGGUUGUUGGUAUUGAAGGCAACAUGGUUCGAUCGGACGAGCAAGCGAAUGGACGGGAAGUGAAUCGGCUUACAGCAGCAACGAGCGAGAUGGAGGAUGCGGAGGAGACAACAAGGAAAACGGUGGACUCCCUCGGAAAGCUCCUGAAGAUGCCGGAGGCCGCUGAGGAUAUGAACCGAUUGAAGCUCCUCGUCGCUGGAACCUUUAAAGAGAGCGCCCCGAUGGAAGUAGCUAAUAUGUUGGGCAGUAGCGAGAUGGAGCAAGAAAAGAACUUACUGAGCUUUCAGCAGACUAUAGAGGGAGAGAUCCAACAGGUUAAGGGCCCACAGGUGGGAGAGUUGAAGGAGUUCGCCGGAGGACUAUUAGUGUCUCUCGAGAAGGCCCUCCAAACGAUGGAGUCCUCGACGAGAGCUGAAAUGCAGCAUAGGAAGGAGUCGGAGGUUGGGAAAAUCAGAGGGCUGAAAGUUGGGGUCCUUGGGGCGGAGGAAAAGGAGCUCCAGGGGCUGGACACGAUCGAUGCCAAGGAUCACGCUGGGUCUGCACAGCUGGGAGAGACGUUGGAGCGGAUGCAGAACACGUUGAGAAUGUUAAAGAACAAUAUGGAGCUGCUGAGUAGUGGUGAAGAUGAGGAGGCAGCUCGAAUGUCGAAGGAAAUGAGGUCGCGAGUGGCCAACGCUACUGAAGAAGCAUCGAAGUUGGAGCUCGAUAUUGGAGCAAUGAAGGAGGAGACGAGGAGGAGUCUGGAAGAGGACCAUCGACGAAUCCAUCAUGAGAUUGCUAAUGCAUCCAUUGAGGAGGAAGCGGGUGAGUUGGGUAAGCGUCUGGCAGACGCUCAGACCUAUGCUGUGGACGUGCUCACCAAGAGGGGCCAUGAGCUCGAGGACCAGCGGAGACAAAUAGUCGGAUAUCAAUUGAGUAUGGCUCGUGAGGAGGCCCAGACUCGCGAGUUGGAGAGGCAGAUAGCUUCGUCGUUGGGUACGUUUGAAAGUCGAGUUCGGUCCGCAUCCUCGAACAUCAAUAACAGCAUGAAUGUUGACGACGCUGUUAAGUUUGCUAAGGAGAGAAUACAGGAGGUAGCUCGUAUGGCUAGAGAUCCUCGGCAACAAGAGGAGAUCUCGGAGGAGCUCUCUGCCAUCGAGCAGGAGAUUGCUCGAGUGGGAAGCAACAUGACAGCAGCGUACAAGGCCGAACUGAGUACGACCAACGAUACUAUGGUGGAUGAAGUUGGUGAAACAAUGAAACGGAUGAGGGCUGAACGAGAUGAUAUUAAGGGUGUCCUUGAUGCUCGCGAGAAGGAUGAAAAACGGAUACAAGAACAGGGUCCAAAUAGGCUGAGCAUGAUCUGUGAUUGUGAAUGCAAUCCUGGCGUUAUACCUACAUGGCUUUGUGUUGCGAGCAAGACCACGUUAGUGUCUCGGAUGCUCCGAGAAAGCAAGGGUCGAUUCUUCGUGUUGAAUAAUGAGAUCGGUGGCAUCAGUGUGAGUGAACUACCGGACAAUUAUGCGAGUGGCAGCAGUGGGGACUGUUCUACUGUGUACGAGCUCGGCGGUGGUUGCCUCUGCUGUAAUCUGAGGAACGACUUGAUGGCGAAGCUAGAAGGUCUAGGGAAGAAGGCUCUAGCAGCUCCUAGUGAUGAUCCUGUCAACGGAAUUAUUCUGGAAACGACCGGUUUGGCUACUCCCGGACCAGUUGUUCAAGGCCUCGUGGCACAGCCUCCUGAGGGCAUUGUUCUCCGUAAAGUCGUUACGCUUGUCGAUGCAUCUAACUUCAUCGAACAGUACAAGCGAGUGACAGACCCUCGGAGCUCCGAGCUCGUCCAACAACUGGUGUUCGCGGACCUUGUGAUCAUUAACAAAUGUGAUUUGGUUGACGACCAGACUGCCGCACAGAUAGAGGAUACGAUCCGGUCUAUCAAUCCAGUGUGCCGGUUAGUACACACGGUCCACUCUGACAUCUCUAUGGAAGAAGUCCUGCGAUCUCAAGGCGAUACUUAUACGAGUCCCGGCGAUCUCAAUGAUGUGCCUCAGCAUAAGCCCUGGCGUGAUGGUGUUUGUAGCUGUGCUCUGAGCGGACCAUAUCCAGCCUCAAAAGGAGUAGCGAUAGAUAUUGAAAAGUUCCGUGCAUGGCUGCAAGAUUUUGUCGAGAACAACAGGGUGUUUCGGGUCAAGGGCAUGCUGAUUGCUGGCGAUGGAAAGAGGUAUCUACUGCAGGGUGUUGAGAAGUCCUUUCAAUUGGUCGAAACGGAUUGUCCGUCCGAGAUGGCCAGCAAAGUUAACAAGUUGGUUGUGAUUGGCCAGAGGAUUCAGGAACAUAUGGGUGACGAGAUUGACAAGUCCCUCAAUGCCCUCCUCGUUGAUCGCAAGGACAUGGAAACGUCGAAGCCCACCUGGGUGAAGGCUUAUGUCGGGAAGGAUUGGACGGAUGCUGAGCAGUGGUCUCCUUAG